CACGUCGUGAGGCGAGAGAGGUGGUCUGGACUAUCAACGAGAUCUUAAAAAGAUAUUUGCGGCAAUUAUUCGCCAAAAUUUCAUUGAUAUACUUAGUAUCUACCUCUGAACUGAUCAUGUGACAGGAGUGAUGAUGUCACUGAUCAUGUGACAUGUGUGUUGAUGUCAUGUUAUGAGGAUUCAAUAUUGAAAUAAACAAUGGGAACCGUUGUGUCAUUGCCAAAACUAAGCCCCUUGGAAAAACAACUUGUUUCUGAGGGAAAAUUGGACCGCAGUGCUCUGUCUAGUCGUGCAUCCUGCAAGAUCAGAACACUUUCACGAGAACAGCAACAAGCAGUGUUUACACAAUGUCAAGGAUUGUUAAAUAAUAUCAAGGAAAGCAAAGAUAAGCAGCGAGCUGAGACGGAAGCAGCAUUGAAGGUUGAAUGGCAGGAUGGUGAAUCAGUGAGCACAGAGGAAGCUGAAGAUAUAGUACAGACAUGCUGGUCUAGAAUUAAUAGACAAUGUGCACAAUAUUACAGAAAGAAGAACUCUAAUAAAACAGUAACAGGAUGGAGAGUUGUUCGUGUAUUUGUCUCCUCCACCUUUGCUGAUUUUUUUUCUGAGAGAGAAGCUCUUGUUAAAAAGGUAUUCCCAGAGUUAAAAGAAUGGUGUGAGACACGACAGCUGCAGUUAAUUGAGUGUGAUUUGAGAUGGGGAGUACCAAAAGACACCACAACAGGAGAAACCAUAGCAACCUGUCUAGAAGAAAUAGAUCGUUGUCUUGAUGAAACUGAUGGUGAACCAUUCUUUCUUGGAAUGUUAGGUGAAAGAUAUGGUUGGAAUCCCACCUCCAGAGAAGUCCCCCAAGAUAUUAUUCACAAAUAUGAAUGGGUUCCAAAUUUAUCCAUGACACAUAUGGAAAUCUUACAUGGAGCCAUCCGGAAUCAAAAUCCCAAUGCUGUGUUUAUGCUGCGAGAUCCAUGUUACAUGUCAGACAUUCCUCCUGAUCAUCUGAAGAAUUUUCUUGAAGAAGAUGAAUUGCCGAAGUCACAACUCAAAGAAUUGAAAAGGUACUUACAUGAAGAGUUCUCUGAUUCUGUAUUUGAAUACAGUUGUGAUGUUGAUGGUGUUGAUGAUAGUACUGGUAGAGAAGUGAUACAACUUUCAAAACUAGAUGAGUUUUGUGAGCAUGUAUUAACCUUCUUUAAAGCUGCUAUAGAAAGAACUUACCCUCAUAGUGAACACACUCUUACACCACAACAAGAAGAGAAUGAACAGCAUAGGAAUUAUGUCCUACAAAAAGGAAGUACAGUGUUUGGUAGAGAUAGAGUUAUCACGAAUAUAUUAAGGUUUGCCGAGGGAGAUAAUCAGGGAAUUACUGAUGAGAACAUAUCAUUACAGAGUAGUAUCCGAGAUUCUGACACGAUAUCAAGCAGUGAUGACAUUGUGAUGAAUCAUCUUACAAAUGGUGAACUAUUAGACUCAGAUAAAAGUGAUGAACAGAAUGGCGAUAUCAGAGUAGUGGUUGAAAACUAUUCAAGUGAUGUCGGCAGUGAUUCUGUAAACUCCAAGGGCAGUAGACAAAGAACUAAUAUGAGGGUGAGGCAGAGUCGAGCUCCAAGUGAUAGUUGGUUACUAGUUGUUGUUGGUAGUCCUGGUACUGGAAAAUCAGCUUUGAUGGCAAGAACAGUCAUGAAUGCUGAAAAAGCUGGUUUGGAUAUAUUCUACCAUUUUGUUGGUUCAUGUCCAUCAUCAAUUCACUAUGAUAAUCUUAUCAAGAGACUAUGUAAAUAUUUACUGUCAGCUGAUGAUGAAAGGUUAGUCAAACUUGAUGGAGAGUAUUCUGAAGAAGAGAUAAUCAAAUUAUUACCAACUUUACUGAAGGAACGAUCAAGCAGGAGAGAACAGUUGUUGAUUGUCAUUGAUGCCGUCAAUCAG